UUUCUUUUAAGUGCUCAUUUCUUUUCUUUUCUUCUCUAUAUUCUUACCCAACUCUUGCCCACUUUUUUUUUUUUUUUUUCUCUCUCUCAUCAAAGUUCUAGCUUUCCUUUUUUUUCCAACCUUCCUCCAUCUCAUUCCAAUUCCAUAACAAAUUUAAGCAAGGUAAUUGUUUUAUAUGUAAAAAUGGAGUGCAUGGAAAUAAGAGCCCUAAAAUCAAGGUUUUCAUCGGAAUUAGCCAUGAAUUCAACAAACCCACAAAGUAUUAUCGAUGAUUUUGGGUGUGUAAAUGGUUUAUCAAGCGAAGAUUUCUCCAUUGAUGACUUUUUUGACCUUCCAAAUGAAGAUAAAAUUGAUGGGUUAGAAGAUGAAGAAGAAGAAAAAGAUUCUUCAAAUUCUAUUUCUUUUCAACACCAUUUUGAUGAUUCAAACUCUAAUUACUCCACUUUUCCACCUGACCUUUUUCCGGUUGAUGAUAUGCAAGACCUUGAAAUUUGGUCACAUCUAAUGGAUGAUUCUAUCCAAGACCCUACACUUGCAUGUCCAAAUCCAAUUUUAGAUGGUCAUAAAAGAAAAACAGGUUAUAAAUCUGAACCGGUAUAUAAACCGGUUUUUGUAGAAGUUCCCAUUUUAACUAAACCGGUUCCCGUGAAACCGAGAAGCAAACGCUUGAGGUCAUGCAAUUUUUCAUGGAGUUCUAUUUUGUCGGAAAAAAACGAUUUAUUAUCAUCACCGGUUUCAACCCUUUUAUUUUCUUCCCCAGUUUAUAACAUGGGGAUUAUAUACGGGUUUGAAAAAUCCAUUAAAAAACCGAAGAAAAAACAGGGUUUAGUUUCGUCGGCGGGAGAAAAUUCACCGGUUCAGAGAAGGUGUAGUCAUUGUCAGGUUACAAAAACCCCACAAUGGAGAGCGGGUCCAAACGGUCCAAAGACUUUAUGUAAUGCAUGUGGAGUCCGGUUCAAAUCCGGUCGACUUUUUCCUGAAUAUAGACCGGCUUGCAGCCCAUCUUUUUCUUGUGAAAUUCAUUCUAAUAGCCACCGAAAAGUGUUAGAAAUGAGGAAGAAAAAGGAAGGAAUUGAGCAUGAAACCGGUUCAUCUUUGACUGUUGAACCGGUUUUGAGAAGCUAGAGUCAGAAAAAUGGAAAUGCUGAAAUGCUGAAAUGCUGAACCGGGUUCGGAUGAAUUCUAUUGACCGGUUCAAUUGUACAAUUUUGGUUGUGGUUGACGAAAGGUAGGCUUUAGGCAGGUUAGUUGUAUUAGAUUUUAGAGGGCAGUUAAUGGUAUUACGAUCUCUUCAUUACUUUUCUCUAUUACUUAUGCUAAAAUUUUGACAUUUAUUUUAGAAUAAAAGAUAAAAUCUUACAAAUUCCCUUA